CUGUAAAGCCCUCUCGUUUCAGCAGGGGUGUCUACCAUUGCGCAGCGGCCAACUAGGUGAAGGAGGACAAUCCAGGAGGCGGAAGGAUGCUUCACUAGGCCGGGGGUCGGGGUCUGUUUCUCCAGUCAGCACGUUCCAACAGAACCCUGCUGGACAUCGCCAUCCCCAUCCCAGCUCCCCCACCGUGGUCUGUCUCAUAUAGUGUUGCCCCCCCCCCCCUCCCCCACUCCCCCCUCCUUAAUCUCCUAGAUUGUCGGCGACUUGCUGCAGUCGGUGCUGCAGUUUUGAGCCGCUCCUGCACCGGUUCAGCUGACUCAAUGAGAAAGACAUGCUCGCAUUCGUUUUGGUCUCUGGGUCGCUCUGGAUUAUAUUAGAGCUGAGUUCCACCCUGAUGGAAAAGAUGCAGGCCCAGGAGAUGAUGAGCGGCCUGAGAAUACCAGAGAUGGACGAGCUUGGUCAGUUCUUCCGCUCCCUGCCGACCUCCACGCUGGUGGGCAUCGGUGCUCUAACCGCUGUUUUGGCGUACUGGUUGGCCACCAGACCCCGGGCCAUCAAACCUCCCUGCAACCUGCUGCACCAGUCUGAGGAAGUACCGCAUGAAGGUGGAGGUCGCAGGUCGAUGAUGGGCGACAGCUCCAAGCUGCUGACACAUUACCACGACGAUGCCAGGACCAUGUACGAGGUUUUCCAGAGAGGUCUCCACAUAUCUGGUGACGGACCCUGUCUAGGUUCUCGACUCCCAAACCAGCCUUACAAAUGGAUCUCCUACAAAGAGGUGACAGCCCGAGCGGAGCAUCUGGGUUCAGGCCUCCUGCAUCAGGGCUGCCAGCCAAACCCCAAUCAGUUCAUAGGAGUGUUCGCCCAGAACAGGCCAGAGUGGAUCAUCUCAGAGCUGGCUUGCUACACUUACUCCAUGGUGGUUGUUCCUCUCUAUGACACACUGGGACCAGACGCAAUACGGUUUAUCAUUAACACUGCGGACAUCUCCACAGUAAUCUGUGACAAAGUAGAGAAAGCUCAGGUGCUUCUGGGUAAUGUGGAGAGGAAGGAGACUCCGGGCCUGCGGAGAAUCAUCCUGAUGGAUGCCUUCGACUCUGCCCUGGAAGAGCACAGCAAGAGCUGCGGCGUCCAUGUUCAGGCCAUGCAGGAAGUGGAGGCUCUGGGCAGAGAGAACUACAGAAAACCUAUACCGCCAGCACCAGAUGACCUAUCUAUUGUGUGUUUCACCAGUGGAACCACAGGAAACCCAAAAGGAGUCAUGCUCACUCAUGGGAAUGUGGUGGCAGAUUUCUCAGGCUUCCUCAAAGUAACAGAUAAAGUCAUUUUCCCCAACCAAGAUGAUUGCCUCAUUUCCUUCCUGCCUCUGGCUCACAUGUUUGAGAGACUGAUUGAGUCUGUAGUGUACUGUCAUGGAGGACGGAUCGGGUUCUAUCAGGGCGACAUCCGUCUCCUCCCAGACGACAUGAAGGCCCUGCGGCCGACCAUCUUCCCUGUGGUGCCUCGAUUGCUUAACCGCAUGUACGACAAGAUCUUCAGCCAGGCCAACAGCCCUUUGAAACGUUGGCUGCUGAACUUUGCUGCAAAGAGAAAAGGUGCAGAGGUCAGCAGUGGGGUCAUUCGCAGUGACAGCAUCUGGGACAAAAUCUUCUUCAGCAAGAUUCAGGCCAGCCUCGGAGGAAGGUUGAGGAUGAUUAUAACAGGAGCGGCUCCUACCUCACCCAGUGUGCUGGGAUUUCUCAGAGCAGCUCUUGGAUGCCAGGUUUACGAGGCAUAUGGCCAGACAGAGUGCACAGCUGGCUGCACCUUUACCACACCUGGAGACUGGACCCCAGGUCACGUCGGGGCUCCGCUGCCGUGUAACCUCAUCCGAUUGGUGGAUGUUCCUGAGAAGAACUACUUUUCCUCAAAGGGAGAGGGAGAGGUUUGUGUAAAGGGACCAAACGUGUUUAAAGGCUACCUCAAAGACCCAGAGAGGACAGCCGAGACGCUGGAUCCAGAGGGCUGGCUUCACACCGGAGACAUCGGAAAAUGGUUACCUAAUGGCACACUGAAGAUCAUUGACAGGAAGAAGCACAUCUUCAAGUUAGCACAGGGCGAGUACAUCUCCCCCGAGAAGAUCGAGAACAUCUAUAUUAGGAGUCAGCCUGUGGCACAGCUCUAUGUUCAUGGUGACAGCCUGCAGUCAUGUCUGGUGGGGAUUGUUGUUCCUGACCCUGAAGUUAUGCCUGAAUGGGCCAAGAAAAAAGGCAUAUUAGGCACCUACAAAGACCUCUGUAAAAACACGGAAUUGAAGAAGGCAAUCCUUGAAGAUUUGGUGCACCUGGGAAAGGCCAGUGGCCUCCACUCUUUUGAGCAGGUGAAGAACAUCUACAUCCACAAUGACAUGUUCUCCAUUGAAAACGGCCUCCUUACUCCGACACUAAAGGCAAAGAGGCCGGAGCUGAAGGAGUUCUUCAAGGGGAAGAUUGAACAACUCUACAGCAGCAUCUCCAUGUGAAUCCUGGCAGAAUUUAUUUUCAUUCUAGCAUCCUCACACUAAGAUCUGCUGCCGCAGGACAAAGAUGUGACACCUUAGAAGUAAAAUGCUUUGGGAAAGAAAGCCGAAUCUGGCCCUACUAUAGACGAUUAAAAAUGCAUAAAUCAAAUCAAAUAUUUAAGGUGAAAUAGUUGACACAUUGUUAUGUGGAUAGCCUUUUCAUGUAUGCAUUCACUGUGUCAUAAUUACAUUAAUGCAUAUGUUAAAAUGGACAUGAUUGAGCUUUUAGUCUGUAUUUGCGAUCACAUUCCAGUGUUGUACAGCAGAGGGCAGCAAAGCUUUAACAGUACAAAAUACAAAGCUCUGUCAGUUUGAAGCAGAGGAGGUGCAAUAUGUGACACUUUCAGCGCCAAGAUGAAAAACAAUCAUUUGUCCAAUCAAAGCUUUGAGAAUUGGAAAGAAGACUGGGCUUAACAUUCCUAACAAUGUUUAUACUCAGAGGGAACUUAAGUAUGAUUAAUAUAUGGUUAACUUAUGUUACUUUACUGUAAAAACUGAUGAAUGCAAGGUGGACAACUUGAAUUGCUUGAAAGUGUGCAAGAUUUUUACAGAUUACAUAUUAACAUCUACUGACUGUUCAAUGGUUUCUGGCUUUUUUAUUAUUGAAACAAAAGGUAAAAAGGUAAAAACAAAAUGUAAAUAUCUUAUUGAGUCUGUUAGUUUUUUACAGAUUUGUCAAAAAAGUGCUUCAGUUUUUGUUUUAAACAAUAGCAGUUAGGUUCGAUGGAAAAAUGAAUCCUUUAGUCCAUCCUUUAGUCUAAUGCCAGCAUCGAUUAAUUCUCAGUUGACCCAACCCCUGUAUCGUGAUUGGAUAAAUGAUUAUUUUUCAUUAUUACAUUGACAGGUGACAAAGCAGUCUUUUUAAAGUGUUUGUUUAGCACAGAAGAUGUAACUGCUUUCCAUUAGACAACACCGAUGUGCAAUACACCUCUUCACUUGGUUUUCUGUGUCAUCAUUUGAUUUAAUGUGGCAUGGAAAAGUUCAUCACAAUGAAAAACAUGUGUUUGUUUAGGAAACAAGCAAGUAUUUGUCCUUUUGACAUCUGUUUUUCAUGUAAUUAUCACACACUGAGUCCAUACAAAAGAAGGGAAAUACAUCAUACAAUGUAUGUUGUUUUUCACUUUUUUUGUUAUUUAUUUUAAUUCUGGUAUUUCUAUUGCUUCCUGAUUUUCCACCAAAACAAACCUUCAAAUGCUCUUUCCCCAGCACUAGAAACUCAUCAGCACCCUCAAUCUGCUUCUCUUCUCUCCUCCAUCAGUUCAAACCCACCAGCCAAACUUAACGUUUAUCCAGUUUUACGACAGCAAGCGUGAUGUCUUUGUUUAUAGUGUAGCUCAAGGAAAAAUCAAGAGCUGUGAUAAUGCUGACACCUUGUGGAAAACGGACUUAACUUCAGUCGCACACAGUUUAUUUUUUAUUUUAUUGAACAUUAAAUGGUUAUUAAACUUGUGUUAACCCAGACAUUGGGUAUUUAGACCAACAACACAUCCUCCUGUUUGAGGUCUAAAUAAGCCAAUAAGGUAGAGAGAGUAGCAGCUCCUGCCUUACAAAACACUGCUGUCCACUCUGUUCCAUGUGGAGCAUCUGAAUGUUUGGGCCACAUCACUAAACGCCAUGCAUUUACUCAUUCAUGAAGUGAUCUCUACGUGGCUACAAUCAGCAGUUAAGCAUGCAUGCUCCUUGUUUAUAUGGAGGAAUGGCCGUACUGUAACAAAAAUUAGAGAUCACAUUUUGCAGUUGGUUCAAUCACAACUUUCUUUACUUUCAUCUUUGCACAAUAGUAUGUCAGGUAAAAGAAAAAAAUAUAAUGCAAAACCAGGGCUCAGGGCAAUGCAUGCAGUUUGCCCUGUAAUGCUUGGACCGAUUGUAUCUGACUUGAAAAAUACAGAUAUUUUUUUGGCCAUUAAAAGCAGGAUGUAUGCAGCUACCCACAGCUACUGCUGCUAGUGCAAGGCUUUGUAAUGUAGGCAAAGCUGAUGGAUUUCACUAACUGAAGGAAAA